AUGCCUUCUUCUUCCGUGGUACCGCAAAAACGAGCUUCCAGCUCGGACUCGUUGCCAGAAAAACGUCAAAUUAGCAUCAAACAGACGCCUGAGGAAGAGGCUAGUGCAAAGGGCUACUUCCAACAACAUAUCUUUGACGACUCUUUCAAAGAUGAUUUGAAGACCCAAAUCGCAGACUCCCAGCCUUACAGAUGGGGAACCAUCCACGACCUGAUCGACGAUGAUCUGUUGAGGAAUGUCCGCAAGGAAAUCAUAUCGGAGAUCAGUUUUAAGAAAAAAGAGACUGAUAUCUACAAAGUUUUCCAAAGCGGUGAUCUAGCUAACCUAUCGGGAAUGACCAAACAGGACCUUGAACGACUUCCAAGUCUUUACAAGCUCAGAUCUGCAAUCUACUCGCAAACUUUCCGCGACUACGUGUCGUACGUGACAAAUUGCGGUAAAUUGAGCGGAGUGAAGACAGAUAUGAGCAUUAAUACUUACUCCAAGGGGUGUCAUCUGCUCACCCACGAUGAUGUGAUUGGAUCUAGACGAGUCAGUUUCAUUCUGUACAUGCCAGAGCCGGGAAAGACGUGGAAACCGCACUAUGGAGGGUCCUUACGGCUGUUUGACUCGGUGGUUCCUAAUGUUCCACGAUCGGACCACUAUUGCAAGUUUACUCCGCAGUUCAACCAGAUCGCUUUUUUCACCGUGCAACCAGGAUUAUCGUUCCAUGAUGUCGAGGAAGUCAGGGUCGACAAACAACGGUUAUCCAUCCAAGGAUGGUUCCAUAUACCUCAAGUGGGUGAGGACGGCUACAUCCCUGGAGAACAGGAAAGAACAGAGGCCAAGUCGACUUUACAACAACUGGAGACUAAAGAACUGAAGGAGUACGAUUUUCCAAAGAUCCAAUACAACGAGAUCGUUUCUCGCGAAGCACAGGAGCUGAUUAAUCUUGUUGGUAAAGAAACAGACUACUUAUCUGUGAUGGACGUUGACUACCUUGCGAAGUUCAUGAACCCUUCGCUACUUACUCCAGCAUCCAUCGAAAGGCUCAACACUAUCUUUGCAGAAGAAUCCGUCGUGGACGUUCAUUCUUUCCUCAGUGACGAUUAUUUGGGAAGUUUGAAGAAACAGAUCAAGCAGUUUGAGCUGAACGAGUUCCCAGAAAUGCCUAAUUCGCAGGAAAAAGUCCUUUUUCCUUGGAAACUGGCGGUUCCCCCGCAUAAACAGCGGUACUGCUACAUUGACGGACUGCAAAAACAGUGCAUCGACAACGCCGAGAGCAUUGCCGAGAUCAACCAGCUGAAAUCGACCGAGCUUCCAAACUUUGAGCUUACCAAGACCGUAUUCGAGCUGCUGAAACCGGGCGUUGCCGACGAGCUUGCCAAAGCACGCGAAAAUAAUCCAUCGUUGGUCAGUGUUCACGAUAUAUCCAUGCGCUUGUGCGAAUUGGCUUCGUUUUUCAAGAGCAUCAGCUUCAAAAAGUGGCUGAUGGCGGUCACCGGGUUUCGUCCCAUCAAGGACCAGAUCCUCGCGCGCAGGUUCCGUCCCGGUCACGAUUUCACGCUGGCUUCCAAGCUUGACACGCUUAAUGACGAUCACGUGCUCGAAGGUCUAUUGGAAGCAACGCUGAACCUGACUCCAUCGACGGGGUGGGAGAGCGGCGAGUUUGGCGGUUACGAGCUGUGCAUGUCCACCGACGAGCCAGAAACAACAGAAACAGCAGAAGAAGGUCUAAAUGAGGACGAAGCUGCCAUAUAUAAAGCUUCGGAGGAAGACUCGGUUGUUUACGAGUCCCAGGCGUGCUGGAACAAGCUGUGCUUGAUGUAUAGAGAUCCCUCUGUGCUGAAGUUUGUCAAGUACGUCGGGUUCAACGCUCCAGGCUCCCGAUGGGACAUAAACUGUGGAUGGGUGUGUGCGGACGAUGAGCCAGAGGAGUCCGGGUAA